CAAACAAAGAAACAAAAUUAAGAAAAAAAGAAACCGAACACAAACAAAACCUUGUUGACCCUUUUUUACAAACCAUAUCAUAUCUAUUCUCUUCUUGUUCUUCUUCUUCAUCUUCUUUGAAUCUUUGCAAUAAAUUCUCAAUCUUUGAAACUUUUCAUCAAUCUUUAUUAUUCAUAUUCUUCAAAAAUGGAAUCUCCAGAACCAGAAGCAGAGCUUUUGAAGAAGAUAGAAAGACUAGAAGCUGGUCAAGUUCAUCUCAAGCAAGAAAUGUCAAAGCUGAAGCUUUCUCAACGUAGAAGGUCUCACUCAGUUUCACCACAACGUUCAAGGUUAGGUGCUUCUGCUUCAUCUGCUUCUUCUGCUGCUUCUGCAAGUAGUAAAGGAUGUUCUUCACCUCUUCAAAGAGAAAGCCGUAGUAGUCAUGAUCCUCAAAAUGGUGGUGGCAAGUAUCUCAAUAUUUUGCAAUCAAUUGGUCAUUCUGUUCAUAUUUUGGAUCUUCAAUGUCGUAUUAUAUACUGGAACCCUAGUGCUGAAAAUCUAUAUGGUUAUACAGCAGAAGAAGUUCUUGGUCUCGAUGGGAUUGAAGUGCUUGUAGACCCUAGUGAAUUUGAUAUAGCUAACGAUAUAUUCAACCGUGUGAAAAUGGGAGAGAGUUGGACUGGUCAAUUCCCUGUUAAGAAUAAGAUAGGGGAUAGGUUUGUAGUUGUUGCAACCGAUACACCUUUCUAUGAUGAUGAUGGAAGUUUGGUUGGUGUCAUUUGUGUCACAAGUGAUUCAAGACCUUUCCUUGAGAACAUAGUUCCUUUUUCAGCUAGGAAGAAUGAAGAAAAAGAUUCAGGUGUUAAUUUUCCUAGAAUUGCUAUUACAAAUAAACUUGGUCUUGAUCCAGAGCAGCCACUUCAAAAUGCUCUAGCUUCUAAGAUCUCAAAUUUGGCUACAAAGGUGAGUAACAAAGUCAAGUCUAAAAUCCGGACUCGAGAAAAUAAUGUUAAUGGAGAAGGAGGGAGCAGCGAAAGUCAUCAUUCUGAGCACGGUUUCUCAGACUAUGGUCAUUCUGACCAGAGAGAGGAUGGUGGUAAUUCCAGUGGAGCUAGCACUCCCGCAGGAGAGGUGCCUCCAACUCCUUUUGGUUCAUUCUCUCGCGCCGAAGAGAGAUCCCAAGGGAAAACUAUGAGAAACUCUGGUGAUGAAAGUGAAGAAAAACCUAUACACAAAAUCAUAACUUCUAGGGCAGAAGCAUGGAUUCAAAAGAAAACUAUGUCAUGGCCAUGGAAAACAAAUGACCGGGAAGAAUCCGAGGCAAAGAAUGUUCGUGUUUCUUGGCCUUGGUUGCAGGGUGAUCAAGAUAAAGAACCAGCUAACCAGAAGAAUGCGUCUUCUGGAUUGAAGCCUCCGGAAAGCCGGGCCGUUGAAAGUUAUCAACCUGUUCAAAAUGAAGCUACAGGAUCCUGGUCCUCCUUCAAUGCGAACAGCACAAGUAGUACUAGCAGCUGUGGGAGUGGUAGUGGCAGCAGUUCUGCUGCCAAUAAUAGAGUGGAUGUAGACAGUGAUUGUCUAGAUUAUGAAAUUUUGUGGGAGGACCUGACGAUUGGAGAGUCAAUUGGGCAAGGUUCUUGUGGAACUGUAUAUCAUGCUCUGUGGUAUGGAUCAGAUGUUGCUGUUAAGGUUUUCUCAAAGCAAGAAUAUUCAGAAGAUGUUAUACAGUCCUUCAGACAAGAGGUGUCUCUCAUGAAAAGACUUCGCCAUCCAAAUAUUCUUCUCUUUAUGGGCGCAGUGACUUCACCUCAGCGUCUAUGCAUUGUAACAGAGUUUCUCCCACGCGGAAGCUUAUUUCGUUUGCUUCAGAGAAACACGUCCAAACCUGAUUGGAGACGACGAGUUCACAUGGCCGUAGAUAUUGCACGAGGUGUGAAUUAUCUUCAUCAUUGUAACCCUCCAAUCAUCCAUCGAGAUUUAAAGACUUCAAAUCUUCUAGUUGACAAGAAUUGGACUGUGAAGGUUGGUGAUUUUGGUCUUUCACGUAUCAAACAUGAAACCUAUCUCGAGACUAAGACUGGAAAAGGAACGCCUCAAUGGAUGGCACCAGAAGUUCUCCGUAACGAACCCUCAAAUGAGAAGUCCGACGUUUACAGCUUUGGGGUGAUAAUGUGGGAACUUGCAACAGAAAAAAUCCCUUGGGAUACUCUCAAUGCAAUGCAGGUUAUUGGAGCUGUAGGAUUUAUGAACCACCGGCUAGAAAUUCCGGAAGAUAUUGAUCCACAGUGGGCUUCUAUAAUCGAGAGUUGUUGGCAUACUGAUCCGGCUCUCCGACCAACAUUCCAGGAACUUCUGGAAAGGCUUAAAGAACUUCAGAGACGGUAUGCCAUUCAGUUCCAAGCAGCCAGAUCUGCUGGUGGGGAAAAGACUCAAAAAGAGUCCUAGCUGAUCCAUCUUUGAGAGUUUUUUCUUUUUGUCACUCGCGGCGGCUGAUGUAUAAGGAUUCUUUUGCACAUAUCUUACAAACUCAUUCCUCAUGAGAAGAUGAGUUGGUACAAACAGCUGGUCUUGAAGCUCCACAACAUUAAAUCUUGCCAAACUAUUGUAGUUAUUUUGUGUUACCAUAGAUCGUAAACUUAAUAGUGCUGCUCUAUGUUUGGAGUCUUGUGAAUGAGUUUCUUAUUAUUAUUUUUCAUUGUAAUGUAAUUUUAUAUGGAAAAUGUUUGUACCACUUUUAAUUGUACAAAAGGUAGAAGAAGAAAACAAAGGUAAAGAAAACAAAAGAGCUUUCAUUUUGUUACAUAGAACUGACACUUUUUAGUUCCAUUAUCCUUGUUGGAUUAUCCACAAUAACUUGAAGAGGUUCCUGAUUCAUUUUGUUAGGAUUUUUAUUGCUGUGCUGUAGAACACAAGUGUAUGCAGUUAAAUCAAUUGCUAGGAAUAAUAACUAUUGUGAUAGACA